CGUGACGCACGGUUCGGUUUUUCGGUUGGGGCGUCGAUCGCGUUUAUCGGAUUUAAACAGAAAAGAAAACAAUGGACCACCGAACCCACCUGGUGGUGGUUGCCCUCUCACUGAUCCUAGCUCUUGUCGCUCAUGCCGCGAUCAUUUUCCCCCGCGUUCCUGACGUGCUGAAUCCGCCGGUCCCGGACAGCGUAGACCUGGUGGAGCAAUCGGUGCAUCUGCAGGAAUCCGAACAGGAUCCGGAAGUGACGCCCGGCUUAUUUCAGGGUGAUAUGGCUAUGGACAACAACAUGUACAAAUACUGGCGCGUUGGGCUAAACUGGGAUGUCUUUCCUGAUCGACGUUGGCCCAACCGAACCAUCCCCUAUGCCAUUAGUCCGCUGUACGACGUGGACGAUCAGGUAACCAUCCUCCAGGCCAUCCGUACGCUCAACUUUAUGACAUGUGUCAAUUUCGUUCCGUGGAAUGGCAAAGAUAAGGACUUCCUUCUGAUUUGGCCGAUCAAGUACCCCAAGGGAUGUUGGAGUUACGUUGGUAAAACUGGUGGUACCCAGAUAGUGUCGCUGCAGCCUCCCGAUCACCAAAGUGUAAAUUGUUUGGGCCACGAGGGACGCGCAAUUCACGAGCUGAUGCACGCACUGGGGAUCUUCCAUGAGCAGUCGCGUGCCGAUCGGGAUCGAUUUGUGAAGAUCGUCUGGGAUAAUAUAAUACCAGCCUUCAAAUCUAACUUCGAAAAACAGUCACUGAAGAACACCAGCUACAGCUUCGAGUACGACUACAACAGCAUUAUGCAUUACGGCAAGAGUUACUUCAGCGUGGGCCGAGGUAAGGUUACCAUCGAAACAAAGAUGCCCGGCAUCAAACUGGGUCAACGGGAUGCUCUGAGUAAGAUCGACUGCCUCAAGAUCAACGACCUGUACGAGUGUCUGGACCAACCGCGUCUCAGCAGAAAGUAUUACAACCUAUGUAAGACUCUGGGAAUUUGAAAGUUUACUUCCUAUGCGGUAGAGUCAGGCGAACGGAAUAAGUGCCAUUCACUCAAAAAAAAUUGAAAAAUAUGCUUGAAUGUAAUAAACAGUUUAUUUAUUUGAAAGGUGGUUUUAUUUUCAUUUUUGUUCUUUCAUCUUGGAAAUGUAUGAGCAGCAGCGUGUUUUUCAGCACAAAGCUUUUUUUGUUAGAUUGUAUAAUUCCCUACAGAUUCCUUACCGGCAUCCAUUCAUAUCCUGUCGAUUAUUUACAAGUCCUAAACACGCACAAAUCAUGUUCUAAUUUAGUGUAAUUCAAUUUGUCGUUUAUUCAGGCUGGAAAUGAAAAUUUACUUCCUUUUUUUCAUCGGAGAAAAAAUUUACUAAGAUACACGAAAGCCGCAUUGAAAGAAAAAAAAAUAGUACAACGAAAAAUAAAUUAAAAACGCUUGGUUAAUCGAUUUAAGGACUUGUGAAAAAAGAUUCUGUUCAUUUCAAUUUGUGUUGUGUGUAGUCUACCACCUAACGCUUUCCGUUGAUCCAGAAGCGAUGUUUCUUGAAUACAUGAUUGCCUUUCUCAGUGUUAACAGAAAAAAAUGUUUAUGUUUCGAUCUUGCCUUCUCUCAAUAUGUUAGAAGCUUGAAACCCCGAAAAUUCACAGGAUUCACUGAUUACAAGAUUGUACUGAAUUCAAAAAACAACUAAAAACAUAAACAAUACUCUUUUGGUUUCCAGUAUUUAACUGAUUAUAAUUGGUUUGUGGGUUUCAUUAAAUUAAAUAGAUUAUCCAUAUGCGAUUGUUACGAGAUAAGAGACAUAUAACUAAUCCUAUGAGAAAAAGGGAGGCGGGAAACGGAACAAUUCUAAAAGCGAUCAUCACAGAGUAGCUGUCUAGUCGUCGAACUUGAUGUGCUUCAUCGUCGAGCCUCCUCCACUUCCCGAUCCAUUCCGAUAGGAACUCGAACCUCCGUAACUGUUGGAUGUAGAUGAACCUCCAUAGCCUCCACUACUUGCACCAUAGGGCCGCUUAACACCGCCGCUGCGAUCGUUCCCUCUGUCAAAUCGAUCGCCACCACCAUUCGAUCCGAAUCGGCCAAAAUCGUUCCCUGACCGACCACCUUUGAACGUUCCAAAUCGGUUUCCACCACCGCCGCCACCUCCUCCGUAGCGGUUGAAUCCACCACCUCCGAGAUGACGCCAUUUAAGUAGCUCCGGUGGAACUUCUUGUUUGGCUUCCUCCAGAAUAGCUACAAGUUCUUUAGCCUGCUUGCGCUCGUUAGGAGUGAAGAAAGUAUACGCUUCGCCAGUGGCAUUGGAACGACCGGUACGCCCGAUUCGGUGCACAUAAUCCUCCGUUUGUUGUGGAUAGUCGUAGUUGAUAACCACCUUAAUGCCGUCCACAUCU